AUGCCACAUUCUCUCUUUUCUCCCGACAAAGCUCUCAGUGAAGACCAGCGUUCUCCGAAAAAAAUGGAGGUUCUAUGGGCCCAUGUACCCUGUUUGAACUUUAGUGGAGCCAAUUUCAAGGAAGAAGGAACACAAGCCUCAGACAUCAUCCAUAGGGUUAUAUUGCGGCACAAGGCAAAAAGAAUGGAUACUUUAACACUCGAUCUCGUCAAGUGCAACGAGUAUCAACUGGAGACAUUGAUUACAACCGCCAUUGACCGCAGUAUCCGGAAUAUUUAUCUCGAACUUUACUUGCAUACAUUCCCUCGAUACAUCUUCAACUGCAAAACCAUUGUCGACUUGAAGCUUGAUUUCUGUCGAGCGUCACUCUCUGAUGUGGGUAAUGUCUCAUUGCCUAGCCUCAAGAAGUUUCAUGUUUCUAAUGUUGUGUGCGAGAAUGAUGAAGCUCUCCCUCACUUUCUCUCCGGCUGUCCGUCCCUUGAGGAGUUGAAUAUGGCGUUCACAUCUGUGAAAGAAAAUGAUUAUGCGGGCUGCAUAAAUAUAUCAUCACCCACAAUAAAGACGCUUGAGCUUGAUCUUUACGAUUUGACUUGUCCAUCUAACCUUAAAUAUAGGAUGAUACUAAAUGCCCCGGCCCUUAGGUAUCUUCAAGUGGAUGGCUGUGACUCGGAGUGUAUAACAGUUCCUAUAACCAUGGUCUCUUUAGUUGAGGCGGGUAUCUGCUUACAAAGUUACAAUUCCACGUUGAUGAAGUUUCUUCAUUCUCUGUGUCAUGUAAAGUGCCUAAAGAUAUCAGGUUGGGAAUUCGAGGAGUUUGUUGAUAGAGGAGUUGCUUUUCCAACUGUAAAGUAUGAUAAUUUAACCAAACUUCAACUCCUAUUGGACUUCAAAUGGAGUUUGCUUGUGAAGUUCCUUGAAGUUGCUGAUAAUCUUCAAGUCCUUAUUUGUCAGCAGGGUUAUCAUGGAAGGGGAAUGUUGUGUCGGGAGCCCGAACAAGUGCCUAAAUGCCUAUUAUCCUGUCUAAGAACUAUAACAAUUAAGUGGAUGCGGUCCAAAGAGCAUGAAUUUGACAUGGUAAGAUAUUUUUUGAGGAACUCUCGAGUAUUGAAGAGGAUGGAUCUAUGGUAUGAAUGUAUUGAUCUGAAAAUGAAAUUCCAAGCGCUUAAGAGAAUUUCAUUGUUUGAGCGAGGAUCCGAUGCAUGUCAGCUUGACUUCCUUUCGGAUUCUGAUUCUGAGUGA